UCAAUUAAAUUAUUCAAAAGUUUAUAAAGAAAUUUUUAUGUUUGGUUGUCAAAAAGAUUAUGGUUUAACGAUGGAGGCGAAAAUGUCAUUGGAUCAGGCAGGCCACGAGGCGGCGAGGUGCACCACCAGCACGACGAACCGGCGGAGGUUUUAGUUUUAACUCUUCUAGUGUCGUUUUACCAUCGGAGGAACGAUUGUGGACCUGAAGACGUCCCAGCCGCUGAACAUAAAUCUCAUAAAUUUGUUAUUUCAUAAGAAAAAAUGGCCCUCUGCUGUGCAAUAUCAAAUGAGGUACCGGAACACCCGGUCGUUUCUCCCGUCUCGGGCUUGAUUUUUGAGAAAAGGCUUAUUGAGAAGUACGUCACAGAAAAUGGUUCGGAUCCAAUCAACGGCAAGGAACUUACUUUGGAAAUGCUCAUCGAAGUCAAGACAACCCCCGUGGUAAAACCAAAACCACCGUCUGCUACCUCAAUCCCUGCGAUAUUGAAAACUCUUCAAGAUGAGUGGGAUGCUGUAAUGCUGCAGAGCUUUACCCAAAGACAACAACUUCAGACGGCGAGACAAGAACUAAGCCACGCUUUGUACCAGCAUGAUGCUGCGUGCAGAGUUAUCGGCAGGUUGUCCAAGGAAGUCACAGCUGCAAGAGAAGCGCUUGCCACGCUAAAACCACAAGCCGGCAUGGUCCAACCAUCUGCAGCCAUACCACAACCUGCGCUUGCUGUUGAAGCUGGUGGCAUUGCAAACCAUCCGACAGAACAGGCUGGUAUGUCUGCUGAGGUCAUUCAGAAACUGCAGGACAAAGCAACGGUCCUCACACAGGAGAGGAAGAAACGAGGCAGGACAAUUCCUGAAGACCUUGUUACUCAGGAGACGAUUAGAAACUUUAGGACAGUCGCUUCACAUCCGGGCCUUCACAGUGCUUCUGUGCCUGGCAUUUUAUCUCUGGACAUUCACCAGGCCGACACCAGCAAAAUUCUAACAGGUGGCAAUGACAGGAAUGCUACAGUAUUCAACAAAGACACGGAACAGGUUGUUGCCAUUCUGAAAGGUCACACUAAAAAAGUCACACGAGUCAUAUACCAUCCUGAAGAAGAUAUUGUGAUAACUGCUUCUCCAGAUACGACAAUAAGAGUUUGGAAUGUUCCCACAUCACAGCCCUUACAACUUUUGAGGGCCCACGACUCACCUGUGACAGGGCUUUCGCUUCAUCCGACAGGAGAUUAUGUACUCUCGACUUCCGUAGACCAACACUGGGCAUUUUCGGACAUCCGAUCUGGGCGGCUUUUGACAAAGGUGACUGAAGGAAGCAAUGCAACAGCCUUGACUACUGCACAAUUCCAUCCGGAUGGACUUAUUUUCGGUACCGGCACAUCGGACUCUCAAGUCAAAAUAUGGGAUUUGAAAGAGCAGUCCAAUGUUGCAAAUUUUGCUGGUCACACUGGUCCAAUAACAGCGAUUUCUUUUUCGGAAAACGGUUAUUAUCUCGCUACAGCUGCCGAAGAUGCUUGUAUCAAACUGUGGGACUUGAGGAAACUGAAGAACUUCAAGACGCUCCAGUUGGACGAGGGUUAUGAGAUCAAGGACUUAUCGUUUGACCAGAGUGGAACUUAUUUGGCUGUCGCCGGCACCGACAUUAGGGUUUACGUUUGCAAGCAGUGGCAAGAACUGAAACAAUUUAAUGACCAUACUGCCAUGGCGACGGGCGUCAGGUUUGGCAGGAAUGCUCAGUUCAUUGCAUCGACGAGCAUGGACAGGACACUCAAGUUGUACAGUGUAUAAAACCCGAAGGCCCAUAUUAUGUAUAAAUUAUUUUAUUGUAUUGAAAGAACUGUUUUGCUAUUGUUAACAAUGAUUUACUUUUUAUAUAUAAAGUAAGAAUUGUGCGAAUGGAAGUUUAUAAACAUAAGUUCUUGCAUGUACUGUUUCGUAGUUUUAUUUUAUUUUUCUAUUUCUAAAUAUUGUUAUUUCUUAAAUUUUGUCUUUCUUCGUAAAAAUAUUCUGUUUUGACAUUUCCUACAUAACUAGUUCACUAAGAAAUUGUAUAUUUAUUAAAAAAUUUAAGCAAAUUGAAAGUUUAG